AUGGGCAACGUCCUUGAGACGCUCGAUGCCGGGCUUACCGGCCUCUUUGGUCAGUGGAAUGGCUACUCGACAAGCCUGGUGACGGUGCUCGUGGUCAUUCUUGGAUAUCGCAUUUUGCACGCCAGCGACCCUGACGUGCAUCCAAUCCUGCUGGCCCGCCAGUCUACGGCUUCGACGGUGCGCAACGAGGGAGAAAGCGCCGUGUACCGCUCGCCGUUGGCACCACACGGUAUGCCCCUGAAUGCAGGUCUCAACGUCAAGCCGGCGGGCGCCUCGAAAUGGUCGCGCGGCCGCGAUGGCGACCUUCGCGACGUCUGGCGCAAAGUUGUCCAGGGCGGCGAUGCGGGCGCCAAGGGAAAGCUCUUGACGGUGCACGGCUCACAAAAUGUUGAGGAGCACAGUCUUGAGGACAUUACUAGACAGAUCAACCUCAUCGGCCAGCAAAUUACCGAGCAGGGCGGCAUCCGCGUCGCCAUUUACCUUCCCAACUCGAUUGAGCUGCUCGCCGCCCUGUUUGCCUGUGCUUACAGCAAGAACCUUACGGCGGUGCUGAUCCCCUUUGACGUGCCAGAGGGCCAGCUCGUGUCCAUGCUGCGCCGCUCUGCUGUCGACACCGUCAUUACCGCGACCGGCGAGUUCCCCCUUGACGCCGUCGUCAAGGCGUACAAGGGUCUGCGCCAGCUCAUCUGGGUCGUGGACCAAGGCAGCGCGCACAUGGACUGGAACGAGGUCCCCGAGGGCAUCGGUGGCAGUGUCAGCGUCGCCACCUGGCAAGAUAUUGUGCGCGAUGCCCCCGCCGGCGCGGGCCGUGAGCUGCAGGCUGUUGCCGAGGACACAGACGCCGAACCCGCUGUAGGUGACGUUGUCACUUUCUGGCAGAGCGGCAAGCCUGGUGCCCAGCAGCAGGAGAUGGUGCGCUUCACGCAGGCCAACCUCGUGGCCGGCGUGGCGGGUCAACUUGCCGCCAUCCCGACCAAGGCGCGUCUCACCAACGCUGACCUUUUCCUUCCCGCCGACGCUCUGACCAACAUCAACACACUGAUUCUCACCCUGUCUGCUCUGUACUCAAACGCCUCUGUUGCGGUCAACUCGGCUGCUGGGUCGCGGGCCGCCGACUUGAUGGUAGCCACGCAGGGCAUCGCGCCAACCGUCAUCGUUGCAGAUCCCGCAGUCCUCUUGCAGACGCACUCGCGCGCCAUGGCCAAGCUUCCCUCGCCGCUGGGUACACUGGCGCACUCGCUCUCGAAGCGCAAACUCGUCAACGAGGGCAUCAUGGUUACGGCGAACGCACUGUCGGCGUUUGCGGCAGCUGCCAAGCCUGCUCUCGGUACUACGCCAGGUCAGCUGCGCUUGAUUUAUACGGCUCAUCGCGCGGGCAGCCAGCAGUCGCCUGGUCUGUCACCAAGUGAGCUGACGGAUCUGCGCAUCUUGACAGGCGCCAGGAUCGUGUAUGCGCUUGCGGCAGCCAAGGUCGCGGGAGCGGUGGCGCAGACGGCCUUCUAUGAUUACCGCGCCGAGCUCGGCGAUGACAAGGGACACUUUGGCUCGCCGACGAGCAGCAUCGAGGUAAUUCUCAAGGAUUCUGGCAGCCAUAAGACGACAGACGAGCGUGCCGAAGGCGAAAUUUGUGUCAAGGGGCCCUGUGUUUCUGGAGGCGAGGCAAGGCUCGGCGUUGUGGGCGUCAUCAGAGACGACAAUACCUUGGCUCUUGUAUAA